CAGUUCGUACACCUCUCGCCUCUCGCGCUUCCAAACCCUGCUGCCGCCGUCGCGCUCGCCUCCUCUUCCCCGCUCCGUCUCCCCGAUCAGGCUCAGAGCCCGACGAGCGCGGGCGGCGGGGUCCGUCGGAGAGCUCGCCGGCAAGGGACGAUCAGUAUUCUCCCCUCUUUCUUCGGAGUAGGAGGUCACCGGAGGCAAGCGAUCUCCUCUCCGGCGGCGCCACCAUCAGGAAACGGCGACCUCGAGGCCGACCAGGUCUUGCAGUGGUUAGACAACGCGGGCGACCAGGUAGUUCAGGUGAACGGAGCAGUGAGAUUGUGUUGAUCAAUAGGUUUGGAUCUCAGUUUGCGUCUGUGAUUCUAGCAGUACACAUCAAGAAAGAUAGUGCGAGCACCUUGGAAUUUUGUUGGCAAAUGGCAAUCAACGGUAGUAGCUCCAGCAAGAGAAAAGUUGAAGCGCAGCGAGAGGGGGAGAGCAGCUCCAAGAAGCUGAAUGUCACCGUGGGGUUGGAGACCCUUGACUGUACUAUCUGCUCUGCGCCCCUCAGGCCUCCGAUAUUCCAGUGCUCUGUGGGGCAUUUCAUAUGCUCCUCGUGCCAUGAAUCUGAGGAUCAACUGGACCAUAAGUGCCCCACAUGCUCUGUCAAAACUUCCUACAAGCGCUGCUUUGGAAUGGAACAUGUCGUCCAGUCAGUCACAGUUGCUUGCUCCAAUGACAAGUACGGAUGUGCGGAGAAGUUCACCUACUACAAGAAAGAAGAACACGAGAAAGCAUGCCCGAAUGCCCCAUGCUUCUGCCCAGAGCCCGGUUGUGAAUUCGCUGGGCCAACAAAGAUGCUCCUGGACCAUUUCGCUACCCAGCACAAGUGUCCGUCUACAAACCUUCCAGACUCUGGCACGGUGUCUCUCCGCCUACAACCGGGCCUACAUGUUCUGCAAUGCAUCGACACCAGCUACUUUUUCUUGCUCAGCAUGGCAUCAAAGCCUUUUGGACAUGCCAUCUCAGUCGUCUGCGUCCAACCAAACGUUACGGAAUUCAGGUUCGCAUGUAAUAUGAGCUACGACUGCCUAACGACUGGCUGUUGUGGAAGUACAAGCUGCCACAUAAGGAGCUCUUCACUCUCUGAUGGGCUUCCGACAGUGUAUGACUUGAUACUUCCCAAGGGAAAGGUUUCUGAUGAUGAAAACGGCAUCAUGCUCAAAGCCACCAUUCAUCGUCAACCUUUAGGUCUCAGCAGAUCUUGUUUUCGAGAAUUGGGUCCGACUCCUGCACUUGAACAAAGGCCUGAUACUUGUGAUGUUGAGGAGAAGGAGGAGGAGGAGAAGGAGGAUCAUGAGGAAGAGGAGGAGGACGAUAAUGAAGAAGAGUUGGAUGAUGAUCAUGAGGACGAGGAUGAUGAUGAGGAAGAGGAGGAGGAUCAGGAGGAAGAGUUGGAUGAUGAGGAGGAGGAGGAGGAGAUGGAUGAGGACUAGGAGGAUAAACCUUGAAGUCUCAGCCGCCAGCAGACCCCGUCUUCGAGGAAAUUCCCCGACUCUUGCUCUACAACAAAGAUCCUACUCUGAUACUGAUGAUGAGGAUAAUAUUACACUUUUAGUACCGUCCUUGUUUUGAGAAUUGGUCCAGAUCCUCUUGCUAGGUUUUCUUCUACCUCUUCUUUACCUUCUAGGCUUUGUGUGGCUUUCAGUUUAACAUCAGCUAUCUCAGCUGAUUGAUGCCGUUAGCUCUGUAUUCAUAACUUAAAUAUUAGUACAAAAAUAGAGUCGGGAGAAAACCCUUCAGGUUACCUCAAAAAAGUAUCAGCCUUGCUCGUUUAUGCUAAAGGCUUAGCGUGGACUUGCUGCCAUUAUGCCGCCUUCGUGGUUCUGGUUCGAU